UGCAUGUGGGCAACUUUACGAUUCCGGCCGUUAGGUGGAGAAUUUAAGAUCCACAUCGUAGACAUAAUAUAUCAACACCUACGGUAUUCGUGAGAGAAUUGUUCUAAAACUAUGGCAGCCUUCAUUCUUCGAAGGGUUAAUCAUAAUAUGAUAAGAACAUUUAGUACAUGUGUUCCACUCGGGAUAAGAAAUGCAUCACUGCGGAGACCUUUGGCUCAAGUGGAACCGCUUUCUAGAAUGUAUGCUCGAAACUUAUCCGUAGUACCAAGAGUAGCUAAAGGUCAGAAAAAACAGAAUGAAACGCAAGUUGGUAAGGAAGCCUACAAUAAAGUUAAUGAGGCAAGUAGUGCUGAAGACCUCCUAGAUGUGGUGAGCAAACAUCAGUUGGAUGGCAAUGUCUCUGCAUUUGCUGUUAGCCAGUUGAAUCGUUACUGUAAUAAUAAGGAAAUGUCGCGUGAGGAUGUACGUAAUGAUCCACGAUUUGAACAGUUGUGCCAGGUGAUCGAACAGAAAGUAAUAUACUUGUCCCCCAGUAGUCUUGUCGCAUCACUACGAAAUUUAACUUACCUCGGUGUGAAAAGCGGGGAACAUCUAAUUCAAUCGCUUGAACUUGAAAUCAGAUUUCGGUUACGAAAGUUGUCCUUCCAGCAGCUGACUUCGUUGGCAGUGUUUUAUGUUAAUUUCUGUAAAAAUGAGUCACAGCAAGGCCUGAUGGAUGAGAUAAAUAAAAUGCUGGAGUUACGCUGGACUGAGAUUGACAGCGCGUGGACACUUUUACAAUUGAUGGAACGUGUGGCUCACUCCUCACCGUUGUUGAUGGAGAAACUAGAAGACAAAGCAUUACAGAUGGCGGAAAGUAUGGAAUCAGAGGACAUGAGUAGAGUCGCACUAGCCUUAUCAAAGUCCAACCGAAGGACACUACCUCUGCUAAGAGCCCUAGCUUACCACGUGCUUCACCGUCAUAAGGAGCUAGGCCUUCAAACCAUGUGGAAUUUCACCUAUGCUUUCGCUAAACUAAACUUCUAUCACUCGCAGCUAAUGGAAAAAAUUCAGGGAGAACUGCUGCAAAAAGUGCCAGACUCGACCCCAUAUAUGAUAGCUACCUUUGCAUGGGCUUUCUCUUAUAAUAAAUACCUUGAUAAACCGCUAUUUGAUGCUAUGUCGCAGUAUAUAGUAUCAAAUAUUUCUCACUUCAAGCAGCUUAGAAUAUGUAGCAUUAUUAUUUCAUAUGCAAGACUCAACUACCAACCCAGUGGUGACUUUUUUGAGAAGCUAUUGACUGACUUUGAUUUCAGUGCUCUCAGUAGUGAUAAACUGGUGGAUGUUGUGUGGUCUUUGGUUAUAUUACAACAAGCAUCUGCCGAGUUUAUUAGCCAUGUACUUGCAUCUCAGCAUCUUGAGAAACUACCGGAUGGGACUUCUUAUCAGAUACAGAUGACCAGACAAAAGCUUUUACACAUCAAUACCGCGGCUAAACUAGAACAGCCAGACUAUACUGGUCCAUUUCUACCAGAUGAUUUUAUGAAGCCAGCUGACAGUUUGAUUAACCCUGGCAGAGAAAAUGAGUCAUUGUCCCCUUCACUGAAUGCGGUAAUGCAGUCAUUGGCCAAGGCUAUAGGUGGUGACAAGUACAUAAGAACUAAUGUAUUCACGCCAUAUGGGUACACUAUUGAUGCCGAAUUCUUGGUGGAUUCUAAGCUUACACCGCUACCGAUAAAUGAUUACAAAACAUUCUAUCUGCCCGAGGACGACACAAAACAGGAAGUACCAGAAGAUGCAUACAGAAUUGCUGUGAUUAAUUGGGAGUACAACAAAUAUUGUCAAAACAGUAAACAGUUACUUGGGAGAUAUACCAUGACAAAACGUCACCUUAUAGUCACCACUACUGGUAAAGUCACCAAUACUGGUAAAUUAGUAAUGUCACCACUACUGGUUCCUUACUAUGAAUGGAAUGACUUGAAAUCAGAUUGGCAGAAGACUGCAUACAUUAAAGAAAAGUUACAGAAAACAGUUAAAAGUGAUGCUUAGAUACCUAUUGCUUUUUGUCAGUUCCAUAAUAAAAUGUAAAUUUAUUAAUAAAUGUUUGCAUGAAGUCCAAAAACCUGGCGAGUACAGGUAUUAAAAGUUCUGUUUGUUUGUCCUGUGCGAUUUUCGAACUUGGUACAAAGACGUGCGUGAUUGGGCCAAACAGGUAAUUUGUCAUUGAUAAAAUAAAAUUUGCAAUCAGUAAUUUUAAAAUCCAAAAACUUGUAAUACAUGUUUGACUUCAUUAAAACUCAUAUAUUGAGUUGCUGUUGUGAAGCAUGUCAGUACCCCCCCCUGAUCUUGGCACGUCAGAACUUACAAUGAAUUGCAGUGAUUGAAGAAAAUGGAACAAUAUUCCAUACUUAGAAUAUUUAUAAGAUUUGAGUUUGAAACCUUGUAACCAAUUUCUGCCUGCUUUGUUUCUUAAUCUGUACUAAGUGCAAAUAUUGAUAUAGGCUCUUCGUUAAAAUCUGCUGUCGUUUGUGUAAAUUAAAUAAACAAAUAUUUUCAUGAACUCAA